AUGUUUUAUGCCGUAAUUCCAGAAUUUGAAGAUCUAAAGACACCAACAAUUUUCCAAAUCCAAAAUCGAACAGCCACCCUCCUCUGCGACAAGCACCUUCUCUCCGGCGAGGGAAACCUCCACAUCACCACCAAGAAGAUUGAGAAGCUCGAGGGCUUACGUCAACGUCCACAAGGAAAAGAUAAUACCCGGCACGAGCUAAACCUUGUCCUCUCCUACGAGGUUGUGGCCAAAGAUUCCGACGGGAACUCAGUGGUACUAUACACCGAAGGCUCAGUUGAGGUGCCCUAUAUUUCCUAUGAGAACGACGACGAGGAUCUAGAGAUCCGAAUCACAAUCAAAGACGACGGUCGGUCGGUUCUUUUGGUUCACAAAUACAGUGGGUGGAUGGACGUGGACGCCAUGAUUUCCAUCUCUCUAAGCUACUUCACAUAUGCGACCACAAUCAUAUACAAUCAACAUUCGAUUCAACUGGGAGCCUCACAACCAGAUAUUGAUCUCAAAUACAUUGGGAUCCCGAUUUUUUUACUGGGCAUCACUGGUAAUUUUUACCACCAUUACCUUCUAUCCACUCUUAGAACUAAGGGUAAGGAAAAGCGUUACGAGAUGCCACGUGGCGGACUCUUUUCUUUGGUGGUGUGCCCUCACUAUUUGUUCGAAAUUAUUGGGUUUAUUGGGAUUUGUUGCAUUUCGCAAUCGGUCUUUGCGAUUUCUCAUGCCAUGGGAAUGGUUUUGUACUUGAUGGGAAGGAGUUAUGCCACCAGAAAAUGGUACGAGUCCAAGUUUGGAAUUUUUCCAAAGGAUGUCAAGGCUUUGUUUCCCUAUAUCUUUUAG